CCUCCUGUGCAUAAUACCUAACAAUCUGACACUCCCACUUCCUCCCUCGGCCCGCCUCCUGGCGUCGCCGAGGUAUAUAAGCCUAGGCGGGCAGGCUGACACACCGGAGUCUCUCGAAGCUGCUGGUCUGAUAACUAAGAGGCAUCAUGGGUUGUCUGGCUCAAAUUUUCUUUGCGGGCCUGUUGGUGGCUGCCGUGAGGGCCGCCCCGACAGAGCUGGAGGCGCACCACCCUCUGGCAGGCACUGACUACCACGCCACAAGCUCCUCCAGCCACGGCUUCUCGGGCCAUCAGGAGACUCCCACAAGCGAGCACCAUGGAUUCCAGGCCCCAGGAGAAGAAGACCACGAGACUGAGAGCGCACCUGAGCACACCUUUAAAACCGACCAUGGUGUCGAAGUCAAGCCUGAACACACCUUUGAGACUGGCCAUGGAUUCGAGGCUCAGCCGGGACACGCCUUUGAGACUGGCCAUGGAGCCGAAACCGAUCUCGAGCACCACGGGGCCGAAGUUGAACCUGAGCACACCUUUGAAACUGACCAUGGAGUAGAUACCGAGCCUGAACACUCCUUCUCAGCCCAUGAUGCCGACACCGAACCCGAACACGGCGCUGAGGAAGCCCACGCCACCAACAACGAGGAAGAAGUCACCGAAUCCUCACCCUUCAGUGUCGCCCACGAGGAGCCCGACUUCCACAAGGAGGCGCACGAGGCCGUGCCUCCUUUUGGCCUCAAGCAUCACGACGAGCCUGAGGAUGUCCACGUCACCGACCCCUAUUCACCUUCCGCCCCGACCUUCGGACACCAUUAACUUAAGAGAAGGUUUCAAUCUCUUAUAAGAGAUUACAAUCCCUAAUAUGUGAUUUCAAUACCAUGUAUACGGUUAUAAUAACCAAACAUAGGUUUCAGUCCCUUAUAUAGGAGAUUUCAAUCUCUUAUAAAAGAUUUCAAUCACUUAUAGGUGAUAUCAAUCACAUAUAAGAGGUCAAAAUUCCUAAUUAAAGGUCUUAGUCCCUUAUAAGUGAUUCCAAUCGCAUAUAAGAGGUUUAGUAACUAAACAUAAGUUCCAAUACCUUAUAGAAGGUUCAAAUCAUUUUUCAAAUGUUCAAUUCUUUAUAGAAGGGUAUAAUCCUACAUAAAAUGUUCAAAUCACUUA